AUGAUUCCCUCCCGCACGCUCGGCGCCGCUUCCUCGGCGCCUCUCUGUCGCGCGCUCGCGACCGCCACGCGCAACAGUUUCGUCGACCGCCUGCGCGACGACCUCUCGGCCAUCGAAGCCGCCGGUCUGUACAAACACGAGCGCGUGAUCGCCUCGGCGCAAGGCGCAGCGAUCGCCGUCAAUGGCCACAACGUGCUCAACUUUUGCGCCAACAACUACUUGGGCCUGAGCAACCACCCGGCUGUGGUCCAAGCAGCGGCCGACACGCUCACGUCGCGGGGCUUUGGCCUCAGCUCGGUGCGCUUCAUCUGCGGCACGCAGGACAUCCACAAGGAGCUCGAGGCCGCUAUCUCGGCGUUCCACGGCACAGAAGCCACGAUCCUCUACCCCUCGUGCUUUGACGCGAACGCCGGACUCUUUGAGACGCUCUUGAACAAGGACGACGCCGUGCUCACGGACGAGCUCAACCACGCGAGCAUCAUUGACGGCAUUCGGCUCUGCAAGGCCGAGCGCCACCGGUUCAAGCACCGCGACAUGACGGACCUCGAAGCAAAGCUCCAGGCCACGCAGCACUGCCGCACGCGCUUCAUUGCGACGGACGGUGUCUUUAGUAUGGACGGCAGCGUCGCGCCCUUGCAGGAGAUCGUCGCGCUCGCCGACAAGUACAACGCCCAAGUGUUUAUCGACGAGUGCCACGCCACGGGCUUUCUUGGCGCGACGGGACGCGGCAGCGACGAGUACUGCGGCGUGCACGGCCGCAUUGACGUGAUCAACUCGACAUUGGGCAAAGCGCUGGGCGGCAGCACGGGCGGCUACACGACGGGCCGCAAAGAGGUCGUCGACAUGCUGCGGCAGCGCUCGCGGCCGUAUCUGUUCUCGAACUCGCUCGGGCCGUCCGUCGUGGGCGCCUCGCUCAAGGUCUUUGAGAUGCUCACCGAGUCGUCGGCGCUCGUGGACAAGAUCCGCGUCAACACGCACCACUUUCGCGACCGCAUGACGGCGGCCGGCUUCUCGCUCAAGGGAUCGCGUGAUCACCCGAUUGCGCCUGUGAUGCUCGGGGAUGCGCGUCUGGCGUCGGAACUGGCGGACGAGAUGCUCAAGCGUGGCAUUUACGUCAUUGGCUUUAGCUAUCCCGUCGUGCCGAAAGACCAGGCUCGGAUCCGCGUGCAGCUCUCGGCUGCGCACAGUAUCGAGGACGUCGACAAGGCCGUGGACGCUUUCAUCGAGUGCGGCAAAGCACGUGGCAUUAUCAACUAA